AUGAAGGUCUUCACUUCUCUUCUUACUUCAGUCGCAACAUUAUGUCUAUGUGAAGCGUCACUCAUCCUCCCACGAGAUGCCUCACCAGAAAUCCUCGCUGCAGAAAUCCUCCCAAUACCAGAAACCGCCCUAAAAAGAGCUCUCCCCAACAGUCCCUCCGGCAAUUACGCUCCAGCCGUUGUUGAUUGCCCCUCCGAGAGACCCACCAUCCGCUCAGCAGCUACCUUGUCACCAAGUGAAGUAUCAUGGCUGGAACUACGCAGAAACAAUACCAUCGAGCCUAUGAUCUCGUGGUUGACUAGGAUGAACAUCACAGAUUUUGAUGCUGCGGCUUAUAUUAAUGGCAUUCGGAAUAAUGCCACUGCUUUGCCAAAUAUUGGUAUUGCUGUGUCAGGAGGCGGAUAUAGAGCUUUGAUGAAUGGUGCUGGUUUUGUCGCUGCAGCCGACAGUAGGACCAGUAAUUCGACGAAUACUGGUCAGAUUGGUGGGCUGCUUCAAGCUACUACUUACCUUGCUGGUUUGUCUGGAGGUGGUUGGCUCGUUGGAUCGAUGUAUACGAAUAAUUUCAGCUCAGUCCAAACUCUCAGGGAUGGGAGCAAGGAUUCCAAUGUCUGGAGGUUCGACAAUUCCAUCUUCGAGGGACCGGAUGGUGAUGGAAUCAAGUUGUUGAGUACAGCCGAUUACUACAGCACCAUUAUCGACGAUGUGGAAAAGAAGAGUAAAGCUGGUUACAAUACCUCCAUUACCGACUACUGGGGACGAGCUCUCUCCAAUCAACUCAUCAACGCCACAAAUGGCGGACCAGCAUACACAUUCUCCUCCAUCGCCUUAACCGACAACUUCCGCUCUGGCUCCAUCCCCUUCCCCUUCCUCAUCGCCAACGGCCGCGCCCCAGGCACCAAAAUCAUCUCCCUCAACUCCACCGUCUUCGAAUUCAACCCCUUCGAAAUGGGUUCCUGGGACCCCGUAAUCUACGGCUUCGCCCCCACAGAAUACCUCGGCUCCAACUUCUCCGCCGGCGUGGUCCCCAGCAAGGGAUCCUGCGUCCGCGGCUUCGACCAAUCCGGCUUCGUAAUGGGCACCUCCUCCUCCCUCUUCAACCAGCUCAUCCUCCAACUAAACAGCACCUCCGUCCCUGAUUUCCUCCGCACCAUAUUCAGCAACAUCCUCACCGACCUCGGCGAGGGAAACGACGACAUCGCACAGUGGAAACCCAACCCCUUCUUCGCCUACAACAACGCCUCCUCGAUCUCCACCUCCCCGGAACUCUCCCUCGUCGACGGCGGCGAGGACUUACAAAACAUCCCCCUCUACCCACUGAUCCAGCCGCAACGAGCAGUAGACGUCAUCUUCGCAGUCGACUCCUCAGCCGACACAGCCCACAACUGGCCCAACGGCACCGCCCUCGUAGCAACGUACCAGCGGUCCCUGAACGCCACAAUCGAAAACGGCACCGCCUUCCCAUCUAUCCCUUCCGUCAACACAUUCGUCAAUCUAGGCCUCAACAACCGCCCUACUUUCUUCGGAUGCAACUCUUCAAACAUCACCAGCACUGGUGCCAAUUCCAAUUCCAAUUCCGGCUCCAACACAGCACCCCUCAUAGUCUACAUCCCCAACUCCCCCUACAUAACCCACUCCAACGUCAGCACCUUCGACCCGGACUACAACAACACGCAGCGCAACCUCAUCAUCCGCAACGGCUACGAGGUCGCCACGCAGGCGAACGGGACGCUGGAUAAGGAGUGGCCUGCUUGUGUCGCGUGCGCGGUGUUGAGUCGGAGCUUGGAGAGGACGGGGACGGGUGUACCGGAGAUCUGUAGGGGCUGCUUUGAGAGGUAUUGUUGGGAUGGGAGGGUGGAUGAUAGUGUUCCCGCGGGGGGGUUGAGCUAUGAGCCUGGGUUUAAGAGUGCGGAGGUUCCGUUUUCGGGGGUGGGGGGGAGGUUGGGCAGUUCUGGAAUAGGGAUUGUUGUUGCGGCGGUUUUGGCGAUGUUUUUGUUGAUUUAG